UAGCGCUAACACCGCCACGAAUUACAUCCAGAGGGUUUUUGUGCGUGCAACUUCUCGCAGCCUCAUUCAAGGUGAAUAUCCGGCAGUUAUUCUGAUAUUUUUAGAGGGCUGUUUUUCGGUUGAUAUUUUUGGUUUUGUUUCGAACACCGGGUCUUCAUGUUGGCGACGAUGGGCAGCACGCCGGGGUACGUGGCGGACCAGCACGGACCGAUGUGCCUCCAGUCCUUCGGUUACGGGCCCGGCGGGGCCGCCGAGUCCUCCCCGCCCGACUACCACUGCUUCACCGACCAGGCCUCCCCGGGUGUGUACCGGCCAAACUCGCGCGAGAACAUGGACCCCCAUGACCGAGACAUGGGUAUGGAGGACUUGAGGGACGUGGCAGGCGGCGGUGGAGGAGGGGGUGGAGGGGGUUUCAUGAACGGGAAAUACAACCACAGCAUCAACAACGGCGAGAACGGGACUGGACACUACCCACACGUCUUGGUGCCGGGCCACGAUCACGAGAAUCAUCAUUCAGGGGAACGACAAUGUUUGAUUUGGGCGUGUAAGGCGUGUAAGAGGAAAACCAACAUCUUCGACAAGAGGCGGGCGGCGACGGACCGGGAGAGGCGGCGCCUGACCAAAGUCAACGCGGCCUUCGAGGUGCUGAAGCGCCGGACCUGCACCAACCCGGAGCAGCGAAUGCCCAAAGUGACCAUCCUCCGGAAUGCCAUCCAGUACAUCGAGCGAUUGCAGAUGAUGCUGCACGAGGCCGAGUCCACGCCGCUGGUGCACCACCCGGGACGCGGCGUGCUGCGUGGCAGUGAUGGAGCGCUGCUUUCCUCCAUGGACUCGCGGCUUGGCACGCAUGAUUUCAAUGGCUCGUCCUGCUCGUUCCGCCUGAUGAAAGUCAAUUCGGAUGACGGCGACGGAAGUGAAGACACCUCGAAAGAUUCAGACGGCCGAGUCUCAAGCUUGGACCAUCUGUCGCUCAUUGUGGAGAGCAUCACCCCUACCAACUACGGGCCCAAGUACUCGCUGUCUACCGCCCCCAACGAGAGAGACCGGGAAUCCACGUCAGACGCCGAGCUGGAAUCGCCAUGACUGACAAUAACUAUUCAGCACUUUUCAAGAUCUUCUACGUCGCCGGAAAUUGAGACAAUAAUUGAGACUACGUAUUUGCUAAUUUGUGCUGGGGAGUGUAUUGCUUUGAUCAAUUUUGACUCCAUUCUUCAUCGCACCAGAGUCAGGAUUUCAUACAUGUAGCCUUUCCCACAGACUGAUAGGCAUUCGCAAAAUCUCGUGAAUGGAAACGAAAAUGAUGGAAAAUUUGAUGACCAGUGCUGAUUGGCCUUAUGCAGUGACGUCAAAGAUUUGCUUAACCAAUUAGAACGCGGUUUUGACCGUACUCGUCAAGACAAGGCGCUGUCACACAGUACUGUGUACCACCAGCGUCGUAAGGGUGCAGACCAGUAAAUAAACCCAAAAUUGUCUACGCGAGCGGAAUCACGAUUUAUAUGCCUUCAAUUGCUUUUGCUAUUAGGCCUACAGUGUUUUGUGGGCCCUGAACUUGAAGUUUUGUAAAAAAGAAAGCUGGGUGGAAGCCGUGUACAGGACUGCGAGCUCAUUCUUGUGAAAUUCGAAUG